AGUUUGGGUAAUGUUCCUUCAGAUUCAGCUGUGAAAACGAAUCUGACCGCGACCCGCGCUGUGCUUUCAGAGAGAGAGCGUCGGACGUUUCCGAGCGCAGAAAGAAGAAGUAGCGGUUUUGACUGAGGACGGAGGUUUUGCGGAGCAGCGUUUUAAACUGCCCGUACAGACUAAACUCUGAGUUCACCGGUGUGAAAGCGAGCAGUAUGCAUUCGGACUGCAGGCUGCUAUGGGCAGAGCGGUAAUGGUGGGCAGGGGACCGACAGAGGCCGGGCUUUUCUUCCUGUGGACUCUCAUCAUCCUCCUCACCGCCAGAAGCAGUCGAGCGCAGAAAGGUGAUGGCUGUGGCCCCAGUGUGUUGGGCCCCAGCAGUGGGACCUUGUCCUCUCUGGGUUAUCCCGGGACUUACCCCAACCACACGGUGUGUGAGUGGGAGAUCAGUGUGCCGCAGGGCCGGAGGCUACACUUCCGCUUCGCUGACCUGGACAUAGAGGACAACAACUGUCAGGUCAACUACCUCAGAAUCUACGAGGGUGUAGGACCCCAGAGGACCCAGAUAGUGAAGUUCUGUGGUCUGGGUCUGAAGGUUCCUGAGCUCAUCCAGUCCGCUGGGAACCGGGUCACCAUCCAGUUCAUGAGUGGAACUCACCGCAGUGGGCGGGGCUUCUCUCUGUCCUACUCCACCACAGAACACACAGAUCUGAUCACCUGUCUCGACAAAGGAAUCAACUUCACUGAGGCAGAGUUCACAAGAUACUGUCCUGCUGGAUGUAUGACCUCUGUUGGGGAGGUCGCUGGGACCGUACCCCACGGCUACAGAGACUCAUCUCCAGUGUGUCUAGCAGCCAUCCAUGCAGGUGUAGUGUCUAACUCUGUGGGCGGUCAGAUCAGUGUGGUCAACAGUAAGGGCAUCCCUCACUAUGAUGGCUCGCUGGCUAACAACGUCUCCUCCACUGUUGGUCCCUUGUCCAACAGCCUCUUCACUUUCAAGACCAGUGGUUGCUAUGGGACACUGGGUCUAGAGUCGGGCGUUGUUAGGGACUCCCAGCUUUCUGCUUCCUCUGUGUGGGAAUGGAGUGACGUGAUUGGCCAGCCCAGCGAGUGGGGCCCAUCUGGGGCCCGCCUUAAAAGGGUGGGGCUUCCCUGGGUGUCAGCUCACAGCGACCAGCAGCAGUGGCUACAGGUGGACCUGAAGAAGGAGAAGAGGAUCACAGGCAUCACCACUACAGGCUCCGCCCUCCUGGAGUAUCAGUUCUACGUGUCAGCCUAUCGGGUCCUCUAUAGCAAUGACGGACAGUACUGGAGCACCUAUCGGGAGGCAGAUGCUACCCAGGACAAGAGUUUCCAGGGAAACACCAACUAUCUCCAGGAAGUGCGCAAUAACUUCAUCCCACCAAUCGAGGCACGAUAUGUGAGGAUGAGCCCCACCCAGUGGCACCAGCGAAUUGCCCUUAAGUUUGAACUGCUCGGAUGCCAGUUCCAUCAAGCUAGGCCACGGAUAAACCACCCCCCUCGUCCUCCUACUCCCCCACUGGCCGCAGACACCCCCUCACUGUACGGCUUGACCACCCACACCCCUGAAAUCAGAAACACAACCAUGCCCCCACGCACCAGCAACGAUGUGGCAUUGGCAGCAGUGUUGGUGCCAGUGUUGGUCAUGGUUCUGACUGCCCUCAUCUUGACCAUGGUCUGUGCCUGGCACUGGAGAAACAGGAAGAAGAGUUCAGAAGGGGUUUAUGAUUUACCUCACUGGGACCGUACAGACUGGUGGAAGAGUAUGAAGCAGUUCCUGCCGUCCAAGAUGGCGGAGGGGGAGGAGUCAGUCCGCUACAGAAGCAGUGCAGUGGGCCGGCUCAGAGGAAGAGGGAACGCCCCCAGACUACAGGCCAAACCCGCAGAAUAUGCCCAGCCCCUGGUGAGCGGUGUGGUGACAUCACUAGGUCAGAGGUCAACCUUCAAGCCAGAGGAAGGUUCUGACCACUGCUACACUGACCCUGACCUCUACGGCGCUCCUAUGGCAACAGACAUCUACCACGCCUACGCUGAACCCCUGCCCGCCUCCGGUGCAGAGUACGCCACGCCCAUCGUGAUUGACAUUGCAAGCCACCUAUCAGGGAGCUCCUUGCUGAGCCAGCCACCCACAGUCUCCAGCUUCAUGGGCCGUAGCCCCGCCUCCCUACUCGCACGGACAGACAGUGGGCAAUCGGGUAGGUCAAUGUACGACACGCCCAAGAGUACAGGACAGGCCACGCCCACUGAGGAUCUAGCCUAUCAGGUGCCUCAGAGCAGCUCUCAGAAGCCAGCGGGGCAGAGCUGAAGGGGCGGAGUGAGGACUGUGAUUGACAGGGCCGUAACCAUAAACUACAUCCCCCAUGGACAGAGAGAGGGGGAUGUAACCCUGGGUCUGAGUCUGUAAAAAACACACUGCCUUCAAGUUAGUUCACUUGGCAUGUGAGUGUGUCUACACAGGAGUCUGUAUGUACAGUAUGUGUGUGUUUACAUAUACAUGCGUGGCCAGAGAGUGCUAGCAUAGUGCCAUACCAGUCUUAUCACUGAAAUAACAAAGUUGAAUGUCUACAUGAAAGAGGAGAGAUGGAGAGCUCACUACUGUUUCAGCCAGGCUUAGUCCACUCUGUCAGUGUGUCUUAAUUUUAUGUUUAGUCAAACUGUGAGUUUAUAUUCCUUUCGUGUGUCAAUUUAAAAGUUAGCUAAUUCUCCGAAGAUAAGGUCUCUGAAAUGGUUGCCUUCGAUAGAAAGGCAAUGUUUCUACCACUAAUGUGUUCUAAUAGUGUUUGCAUAAAGGCCAAAGGUCACCUAUGUCAUUUUUACUACGGUACGCUUUGAUUGGAGGCUUUUAGAUCUGUUAGUUCUCAAAAUCAGAUCUCUUAACUUUUGAAUUUAACCAAUCACCGUUGUACAUAAAUCUAGAGUGAAAUCCACAACAAAAACCUGUGCUCAAGUUACUCAAAAUUAUUUUAUUUUAUUUAUUUUUCUUUCAUAAUUCCUGCUGAAAAGGACAUACUCUCACUUGAAUGUUCCCAACCAUUAUGUGGUUGCACUGUUUUCAUGGUUACACUGUUGUCAUGGACACCUUGCCUCACGUGACACUGGUUGGUGACAAGUCAAAAAAAGAACCCAUACACAACGUUUAGGUGCCAUUUGUGUUCGCCUGAUUGGAUUCACACACUGCCAGAUUAGGACCAGCGACUUGAGGCAGAAUCCGCUGUCAUGGUGAGCCUAGAGGAGCUGCCCAACUGAAGGGCUGAUGUCUCUACAGUAUGUCAGUGAGACUAAAUGUUUUAUUAUUUUUCAUCAUAUAGCCAUGCAUGCAAAUAUGGCCACUGUCUGUAAGUUCACACAGAAUACAGAGGGUGUAGGAUGUCUGUGUGUGCUAGUUAGAGGAAGCUAGAGUCCACUCCAGCCACUCUGUCCCGGGGCCCACCCUGGGUGCAAGUUUUGUUUUUGUCCCCUAGCACCACACAGCUGGUUCAAAUAAUCAAAGCUUGAUGGUGAGUUUGGGACCAAGUUUGGGGAAACCCUGGUCUAGGUUACCGCGUCAGCCUUAAAGAGCUGUGUGUAGGUCAUGGAUCAUGUCAAAGAUGGUCCGGAGAGGGAACAUUAUCACUAGUGACCGGUCAGCAUACUGAAGUCAAUAUGUACAGAAAUACUUCAAAUUCCAAAAUAGACAGUAUGCGUGUGAAUGUGCAUCUGUGUCUGAAUUACUCUCCUGUGUGUAUUUCUUGGACAUUGAUUGUCUCUACUGUGAUUGCUGUGUGUUGUGUGUGUGUGUGUACGUGAUGACUUUCCUUAGUGUCUUUGUGCGAGUAGCUGUGUCUGUUGAACCUUUGUAUCGGUGUGUCUGUCUUUGUAUGGCUGUCCUAAAGAGAGCAUCUGUGUGAAGCUAGCUAUGUCUGUAUGUCUGUCCCUAUGAGUGUACUGUAUCUGUGUUUGAUUAGACAUGUCUUUAGUAAUGGAUGUGAGUAGAUCAUUUGUCUGCUCACUCCCGGUCCUGAACACCAAAUCUGAUCCUGGACCAGUUUAACUUGUGUGUUGUUAAGGGUUAGGACAUCAGUAGGGAAGGCUGGCCCUAGGUCAGUGUGUGUGUUUCUGUGAGUUCACAGACUGAACAAAGAGAAAUAAAGACUUAAAAAA